UCUCUCUCCUCCUCCUCCUCCCAUCUCCUACUUUUGAUGGGGGGGUGCAGCCAUGAAGUCACAGUGAUGUCAUUCUAGGAUGUUAGAGUCGUUGGCUAUAGGUGAGCUGGUUUUGCGGUGAGUGGUGUCCCCUCCACGACCAGCGCGUUGCCUGUACAGAGGCGCGGAGCGGCGAAAGAUGAUCAUCGUCAACGGCACCAAUUCAAGCUCCGACGAACUCCGUCCCUCUCCUCCUGCUCAGAUCUCGGGCUAUGGGGCCCUGAUCUGCCUUGAUCCCAAAACAAGCCUUUACCACCACCAUGCCAAAGGACAAAACAUAAGAAGAGUUGCAUUUAUAGGGCAGGUAACUUUGACCACGUGCCCCAAAGGUAAACUGGAUGGCCAUUGCGCAAAGGUGCCUCUACAGCAUGUCCAGCGGGGCCAGGACGCACUGGACGCUGCCAGCAGUUCUUGUACUGUGGACUUCUAUCUGGGGGAUCGUUUCAUCUUAUCCGAUUCCGAGCAGGACUAAUGCGACUUCAUUGGAAAAGAAGUGGGAGACACUCUUCUCCCGCUCCUAUCUGGGUAUAACUGGGGGGAAAUCGGAGCUGAACUGGGAGAGUGACUAUUUGCAGGGCAUCAAAAGAGUGCGGCGACUGUACUGCAACGUGGGCAUUGGGUUUCACCUGCAGGUGCUCCCGGAUGGCAGGAUAAGCGGUGCACACAAUGAGAACCAAUACAGUCUAAUAGAGAUCUCCACCGUGGACCGAGGAGUGAUCAGCAUGUUCGGGGUGAGCAGUGAGCUGUUUGUCGCAAUGAACAGCAGGGGAAGGUUAUACGGAACGAGAGUCUUCGUGGAUGAGUGCAAGUUCAAGGAGACUAUGCUGCCCAACAACUACAACGCCUAUGAGUCUUUUGUUUACAAGGGCUUCUACAUCGCCCUCAGCAAGCAUGGCCGCGCAAAGAGAGGCAACAGGGCCACCACCGCCAUGACCGUCACACAUUUCCUCCCGCGACUAUGAGAGAAACUGGCAAUAACUCAGUAAUUUGCACAUGUGGAUGUUCUUCCAGGUAAUAUAGAAAUGCAUCGUCAUGAUAAACACACCGAUGGACUGCGAAAGAAAACACAAAUAUUUAUUCUGUUUAUAUAUAUAUAUAUAUAUAUACAUAUGUAUAUUUGGAUAGCUAUCUUUGUAUAUGUACUGUGCUGCUUGUUGUUUUUAUGGAUGGGGAGAGUUGAAGCCUUUGCCUGUCUCACUUUACCUUGGUGCUUGCUGUAACUGAACUACGUGUCACUUCCUUUUUUGAGAUGGAGGAUGAGCUAUAUCCUGUGCUUUUAAAGAGUGAAAUGAAUACUUUUUAUUACCUCAAAUAACCACUCUACUAGAUUAAGGGAUGCAUGGACUUCUGCUCAAAUAUCUGCUAAGUUUAUGAUUUAUUUCAAACCGUUUGAGCACUUGAUGGCUCCCUGCUCGAUUAUCAAUGUCCUGCAGUGGGGGAAACUUAAAUGCACUACCUUUGCUGCACGAAAUGAAAGGUGCCUUGGUGUUCCCACUUGUGGCCCCCUUAAACUUGCAUGUAAGAGACACCUGCUGGAGUCAGAAAUAGGGCUGACACUCCGGAGAGGGCCUCAGAGGGGUGGGGGGGGGGGGGUUGACUAUCUCUGGUUUAUUUUCUUUUCCAUAAUUAGAUCGAUUAAGUAAUGUACAAUCUGUGGUUGAGACCAGAGCGCGGUCAGCCAUAGACGGUGGAACAAGGCCAUAAGUUUGACUGUGUGGCAUUGCCAGCUAAUAAACAGGGUGGAAUACUGAUCUAUCUGAGCAUGGAGGACUUUUUCUUUUUGGACCCGGUUUGCAAAAGGAACGACUGAGCGCACAGUAGAAAUAUACACGUCGUCUUGGACAGAGCUCCUACAGCGAAGCAGGUUGCUGUUUUUGAAUCGCAAAGCUUUAGCUGCUGCUGAAAAUGAUGUCUGGUGUCCAUGAAACCAAUGAAAAACAAUGUAAAUAGUUGCAAAUGUAAAAGAAGAAUUCAGGAGCUUUUUACGCUGCUUUUGUCGCAGUUGCCUGAACGAGGCAAAAAGACUUCAGGUUGCACAGUUAGCCAUCGAUGAUGGUGCCUGAAUGUUUUGGUAAGAAUCGUUCCCCCGUUUGUUCCUUUUAAUUGAUCUUUGUGUGUUUGGUGGAGUAGGUGCGUGCCCUGGGCCCCCCCCCCCCUUGUCUGUGUGCUCUGCAGCAGCACUGCAGUGGCAGCUGGAGGCAGAGAGUUUUAAAUGCAAUUAUGGAUGAGCCAAUCGUGUUCCACCCCGAAGGACUAAAAGACAGUUGAUGGACUGGAUGCACGCUAUAGAAAAUGUUGUAAUUUCUGUUGAUUUUUAGGAUGAUUUCAUCAAUUCAAGGGGUAAAACGUUGGCAUAGAAGGCCGUAUUCAUUUAAGAAUUGGUAUGCAUAGUGGCAGAUUGUUUACAAAGCUGAAGAUGUACCAUGCUUCAUACCCUAAAUGCUAUCACGUGCAUCAGUAUAUAGUUAAUAUCUUGUUACAUAUUCAAAGUAUGUUUUUCUUGCUUCACUCAGUUGGAGAGUCUGAUAGCGUGCAUCUACCCGCCUCGUUUCUGCAGCUGUUAACUAGAAGAACCUGAAUCUCGCUGCCUCCAUCCGGUCUUGUGUUUGGAGAGGUAACCGGACUAUUUAAAUCCAGGAAAGACGAAUGCGAGGAAGCCGCCCUGCUGUCUUUGUUGUUCGUCAGACCCCCUGCAGGAAUGUGGAUCUGCCAGGAUGACAGGCAGCCUUCCACAUACCUGAGCGCCCCCCCCCCCCACCCCCACCCCCCAUUGAGCUCUGUCACCCCAUCACCACCCACCUCUGCUCGUCCCUUACCCCCCUCACCCGCUGCAGGCAGGGACCUUGGGAUUCCAGCUGUAACCCAGGAGCUUCCUCCUCUCCUUUCAGCCUUUUUUAGUUCAAGGUCAGAGUCACGGACCAGCCUUGGCCCCAACCCCAGUGGCCAGGGUGGUCGGCUAUAUGGGUCAUACUGUUGCCAUGAAAUAGGAAUUUGAAAUAGCUUUUCCCCCGCAGGAAACACUUUAUUUUAUGCUUAAACGGAAUAUAAUUUGGUGAACGGAUGGCUCGAGAGUAGCUCUCCACCUUAAAACCAUAGAUAGCUCUUAUAGUUCUCUGCGUCACAAUCUUCUGAAUGUAUAGAGCCCCGCCUCUUUUAAAAUGCAGCUCCACAACAUGCUGUCCCCUCUCCUUUCCAAGUACUUGUGUUGGUAAAUUUCUGGGGAGGGGACAUCUGCAGAGUUAAUGCAGUGUGUGAGGAGCUGGCAGAAAGCACAGUCACGCAGGGCCUCACCUCUCCUGCUGCAGGACCUGCCCUCUGCUGCUGCUGCUGCUGCUGGACGCUGCCCGACCCCAAACACCUCUCAUCACCAGUAUCACCUGCUGCUCAACUGUCUAUGAAGCACAGAUCGAUUCAUAACAGUAUUUUUCUAACAGAUAAAUCUCUUGCUCUCUUUUUUGUUUUGAUUCAAAUUUUAUCGGGAGCUUCAAAAAAAACUUGUUGCUGCUGUAGAUGAGACUGCAUGAAACACACUGAUGUACAUUUAUUGUCAGGAGUAAAUAUUCAUCUUUUGUUUUUUGGCUGAAGUAGUCGACAAAAAAAAAAACAAAAAAAAAACAGUACUUGUUUCAGCAUUUUCAGCUGAGGAAGCUGUGGAAGUGAACUUUGUGCAUGCACAGCAAUGAGCACUUCUCUUGCCAACCUCACAAUCAAAAGAUGUCUGACAUCUGUAGCAGGCGGCACCUUACUUGAUCAUAAACUAGCAUAAAAAAGUUCUCACACAUUUGUCUGUCAAGAAAUAGAGCUGGAUCCCUAAAAGAGUGAAGGUCUGUGUCUGAAACAAAAAGCUCACCCUUCAGCUUUGACCAAAAAAUGUUAUCCAGAUUUCUCGUCGUCUUUUUUUUUUUUUUUUUCUGUCCACAGCUUAUCAUAGAUCAAAUUUGAAUUAAUUCAAGGGGAGGAAUAUCUUUUUUUAAAUCUUGUUUAAUGUACUAGCAUGCCUGAGCCCCGAAGCUUAAUUAGGGGUGUGUGCUUCACGUGUUUGUUUUUUUGCUUUACUCCUCUCAUCUCUGUUCUCAUAUACCUCACCCUCUGCCUUAGUUUUGGUUUGCUGAUGACUGUAAAUUACGACGAAACAAAUUUCAGUCAUUUGUUUCUGAAAACAGACAAUGCUAAGUAAGGAUAUUAAAGUUUUUUCUUUUAUUUUUGUACGUAUGUGCUGUGCACAGCAGUCCACUGUAUUCCUGAGAUAACAAUAAAAGUUUUUUUUUAACUGGUUGCUGGUAAAGUGUUGUUGUUCUCUCUGUCGGAUCAGCUGAUCUCUGACGUGAAUGUGUGUUUUAUCGGUAAAAGUAGCAAUACCACAGUGUAGAA